AUGCCUACCGUGUCGGUGGAUAAAUAUGCUCUCUUCAAAGAGCUUGGGCGGGACUACACUACGGAAGAGUUUGAUGAGCUAUGCUUCGAAUUCGGCAUUGAGCUCGACGAAGAUACCGAAAACCAACCCCGAGCCGAAAAUGAACCCCCGCAACUCAAGAUCGACAUACCUGCCAACAGAUAUGAUCUGCUUUGUUUCGAGGGUAUUGCAUUGAUGCUCAACGUUUUCUUGGGCCGCAAGCCAUUUCCCAAUUAUCGACUAGUGCAACCUGCCAGCGGACAGUUGGAGAAGAUCAUCGUCAAGGAAGAUACAUCCAAAAUAAGACCUUACGUUGCCGGUGCCAUUCUGCGAGGUGUGACUUUUGAUGAGGCGCGAUACCAAUCUUUCAUCGGUCUACAGGACAAGCUGCAUCAAAAUAUUGCCCGUCAGCGGACACUCGUCUCUAUCGGUACGCACGAUUUAGACACCAUCAAAGGCCCGUUCACAUACGAUGCUCUACCACCGAAGGAUAUUCGCUUCACCCCUCUAAACCAGACAAAGGAAAUGAAUGGCGAAGAACUUAUGGCCUUCUACGAUAAAGAUAAGCACCUUGGUCGAUACCUCCACAUCAUCCGGGAUUCGCCUGUGUAUCCUGUGAUCUAUGACUCGAAUCAAACCGUCUGCUCUCUCCCACCUAUCAUCAAUGGAGAUCAUUCGAAGAUUACAUUGAACACAAAGAAUGUCUUCAUUGAGAUUACCGCUCUUGAUAAGACAAAAUUGGAGAUUGUCAACAAGAUUAUGGUCACCAUGUUCUCUCUGUACACUGCCGAACCUUUCACUAUCGAGCCGGUUGAAAUUGUCUCCGAGCACAAUGGCGAGACGAGAGUAACCCCUGAUAUCUCACCGCGCACUACACAGGCCGAGCUCUCGUACAUCAACCAAUGUUGUGACUUGAAUUUGUCCGCAGAGGAGGUGUGUCGCUUGCUGACGAAGAUGGCUUACAAGGCGUGGCCUUCAAAGACAUCCAGCGAUCUCAUUGAUGUCGACAUUCCUCCCACCAGGGCGGAUAUCCUACAUCAAGUGGACAUCAUGGAAGAUGUUGCUAUCGCAUAUGGAUUUAAUGAGCUGCCACGCAGCUUCCCCAGCAAGUCGGGCACUAUCGCUCAGCCUUUGCCAGUUAACAAACUCACGGAUAUUAUACGUAUGGAGGCAGCGAUGGCCGGCUGGUCUGAGGUGUUGCCUCUGAUUUUGUGCUCACAUGACGAGAACUUUGCAUGGCUGAAUCGCAAGGAUGACGGCAACACCGCAGUUAAGCUUGCUAAUCCAAAGACUCUUGAAUUCCAAGUUGUGCGAACCAGCUUGCUUCCGGGUCUAUUGAAGACUCUUAAAGAGAAUAGGAUGCAUAGUGUGCCUAUGAAGAUCUUCGAGGUCAGUGAUGUGGCCUUCAAAGAUUUGUCUCUUGAGCGCAAGAGCCGAAACGAGAGGCAUUUCGCUGCAGCCUGGUACGGCAAGACCAGCGGUUUCGAAGUUGUACAUGGCUUGUUGGAUCGCGUGAUGGCGAUGAUGAAGAGCGCAUUCAUCACUGGCGAGGAAGGUUUGGAGAACGCUGCGGUGAAUGAGUCUCGCUACUGGAUCGAAGAACUAGAUGACCCCACUUACUUCCCUGGUCACGCAGCCUCAGUCCAUGUCAGUAUCGGUGGCAAGGAACAAGUUAUCGGUUCCUUCGGUAUUCUUCACCCAACAGUUUUGGAAAAUUACGAUCUCAAAUUACCUGUCAGCACCAUUGAAUUGAACAUUGAAGCGUUCUUGUAA